AUGGUGGAGAUUAUCGGCGAUGUGCAGCUUGAUGGUGUAGAACUUGAUUCAAUGGAGGUGGAAAGAUCAGAAAAGGUUACCGGUGGAGAGAUCUGGCCUGUUGUUGAUGAUGAUGAUGAUCGGAACCAUGAAAAUAUCUUCAUUGACAUCAACGAGCCUUCCAUCUUCUACAACGACUUUCCUCCACUAACAGAUUUCCCUUGCAUGUCCUCUUCUUCUUCAACAUCCUCAACUCCGGCGGCGGCGAAUCCUAUUGCCACGUCAUCCUCGUCCUCCUCUUGGGCCAUCAUCAAGUCCGAUGUAAAAGAAGACCAUGAAAAGGAUACGAAUCUUUUGCAUGCAGGACAUCCGUUUAAGGCCGCCGUUCAGGCAAAAACAGGGGAUGGUGGGAUCUGUGGUAUCAAUUGCAUGGACGAUUAUUUCAGGGAGAAUUUCGGGUACAUGGAUUCUAUGGACUCAAACGAGAUCUGGGAUCCUUCAUCUAUCUUUCAGAUUGAAGAUGAUCAGAAGAGAGACAGUGAAAACAACAAUUCAGAUGACCUGGGAAAAGUGUUCUACGAAUGGCUGAAAUCAAACAAGGAACAUAUCACCGCCGAAGACGUGCGAAACAUUAAACUCCGAAAAUCAACAGUCGAAUCCGCCGAGAAAAGAUUGGGUUCAUCAAAAGAAGGCAAGAAACAAUUGCUCAAACUCAUCCUUGAUUGGGUACAACAGUCUCAGCUUCAGAAACGUCGCAUGCGUGAAGAAUCCGAGAUGGCCGUAGCAGCAGCUGAAUUGACAAACCAAACAAACCCUAAUGUAUCGACUUGGCUUCCACCUCAGCAGCCCUACCCGGUCUCUCCGGUCAUGGUCGGUUACAUGGCUCCGGAAACAUAUUCUAGUAAUAUUGUGAAUCAUCAUCCGACAGCUUCUGAGUACCACCAUCACCCACAUGCUCCAGAACCUCCACAGACUUGGCCGCCGGCGAUUAGGAGUGGAAGUUUUACGGCGGCUAUGGUGGAAUACAGAAGAACUAAACACCAAUAUCCUUAUCCUGCUCAUUAUUAUCGUGGUCUGAAUGGGGAGAAAUUAGUGAGGUUAGGUUCAUCUGCCACCAAAGAAGCAAGACAGAAGAGAAUGGCAAGGCAGAGACGAUUUAAAUCUCGUCAUCCCCGACAUAAUCAUCAAAACCAUCAUCAACCCACCUCUCGAAAUCUGAAUCAGACUGUUGACGAACAAGGGUCUAUGAUUCUUGGACCAGAUACUUUUGCAAAUGGAAAUUCCCAGACAAAUUCGGCGACGCAUUCCAACUGGGUUUACUGGCCGGCCUCAGGUUCUGGUAUUCCGGUGAUGACUGCAGAUGAACAGCCGGCACAGCAGCAUCCAAUUAGUACAGUUGAUACAGUGAGGCCACAACAACAGAAGAGGCUGCAGUUAUCAAUACAAAGAAGACAGGGCUUUAAAUCUGAGAAGAACUUGAAGUAUCUUCUACAGAAGGUAUUGAAGCAAAGUGAUGUGGGCAAUCUAGGAAGAAUAGUUCUACCCAAGAAAGAGGCUGAAACCCAUCUUCCAGAAUUGGAAGGUAGAGAUGGAAUUUCAAUUGCUAUGGAAGACGUUGGAACUUCUAGGGUUUGGAACAUGCGAUACAGGUAUAGGUUUUGGCCCAACAACAAAAGCAGGAUGUAUCUACUUGAAAAUACAGGAGAUUUUGUGCGUGCCAAUGGGCUCCAAGAAGGGGACUUCAUUGUGAUUUACAAAGAUGUCAAGUGUGGAAAAUAUUUGAUAAGAGGGGUGAAAGUAAGGCAGACUGAAGAAAUGAUGGAAGUAAAGAAACCAGCUAAGGGCCAUAGGAGCCAUAGAUAUGCAUUGGGUAACACCUCCACAACCUCUUUACAGCUCUAA